GCUGCUCCACAUCCAGUGGGGAGAAGUGUGGAGCUGCCGCCGGCUGGUGUUCAUUGUGCUGCGGGUGGGCAGAAUAGAAAACACACGGAUGAGUAAAAAUAGUUAUUUGAACGGGGCUUGUUCUGGAGUGAUGUUUCAGGAGACUGCUGGGUCGUAGGGAUGGACUGGAUGUGGCAGAAGUAGAACAUUUCCUGCUGCUGGAUUUAAACAUUUGUCCCAGGACACAAGUAGGGAGUACCACUCUUCCAUCUCCAAGCAAUGAAGAAGAUGGUGAUCCAGGCUUCCUGUAGGAAAGGUCUGCAGGUGUGUUUACUCCUGCUGCUGGUGGGACGACUGCAGGGCAGGGUCACAGCACCAGAGCGUCUGGAGGCUCCGGUGGAGAAGCCCUUCACUCUGACCUGCAGUGUCUCGAGGGAGCGGGGUGAAUCCCUGAGGCAAGUGCGCUGGCUGGACGUCCAGAACCAGACCCUGCUGAGCUACCAGCCCGGCCAGAGAGACAGCGUGAGUGGACAGCAGCACGUGGAGCUCGCCUCCUCCCCAAAGGACACCUCGGCCAUCACCAUCCGCAGGGUGGGCUUCCGCGACGAAGGCUGCUACACCUGCAUCUUUGACAUGCAUCCCUCGGGUUCAAAGCAGGGUCAGACCUGCCUCACUGUCACCUCACAAGUCACCGUCGACGGCAACAAGACGGCGGUGAGCGGCAAGAAGGCGUCCCUCUCCUGCUCCUACGGUUUGCCUGAGAAGGUGCAGCAGAUCUCGUGGAGAUACACUCCUGCACAAGGAGAGUCCGCAGACGUGGCCUCCUUUGCAAAGCGCAGCGACCCCAUGAUUGAGCCACCGUACCAGGGGAGGGUCUGGCUCAGUGCCUCGCUGUCCGACAGCCAGCUCACCAUCCAGCCCGUCUCUAUCCAGGACGAGGGCUGCUACACCUGCCUGUACAACACAGAUCCUGACAAACCAAAGAGCUCCACAGUUUGCCUCUCCACCUAUGUGCUGCCCAAACCCCAGGUGAGCUACAAGACCACCUCUCCAGGUGUGAUCGAGGCCAACUGCACCAGCGUGUCGCGUCCCCCGGCAGAGAUUGUGUGGAACGUGGAGCGAGAUAACCGCACCAUGGGCCCCCCUGUGACCACGCAGCUUCCGCAGGCCGACGGGACCACUCUGGUCAUCAGUACGCUGACUGUGAAGUCAGGGCUGCUGAAAGACGUGUCCGUCAAGUGCCUGGUGCACCACAAAGGCCUGGAGUCGCCGAUCGCUGUUUCCAUGAACACUAAAAUUGGAACAGCUCUCACCAUCCUGAUCUCAGUCACCACAGUAGCAGCUCUGUUGGUCAUGUCCCUCUGCUUCUGCCUUUGGAAGUGUUUCCUGCGCAAAGAAGUGGAAUAAUUGUUCCGAGCCUGAAAAGCAGAGGCAGUGCUUCUCAGAGCCAACGUUGCAGAACUGAUUCCCGACAUCCUCCUCCUCCUCCUCCUCUUCAUCAUCACCUUGGUACAAAUUGAAGAUGGUCGGACUAACCUCUGCGGCUGUCACCAACACAAUCCUACUCGUGAGCGCCGACCGUUUGACGUUCAACUCCGCUCCUCUGAAUCUGACUCUCACAUAAUCUCCAGGCUGUGUUCACAUGAAGUCUGUUGACUGGGUCAUAUUUAUUCUCUGUAAUGGAUGAGUCACCGUAUGGUCAAUUAAAGUACAGGGACUUUUCUUUUCCUUAAAACACUGUCCUCUGUUUGUCUGUGAUGUUUAAAUGAUGUUAAAAAAACAAGUGUGGUGAUAUUUUAUGUUUUUCUUAUUCAAAAAAAUCCUAUUAAAAAAGAUAAAAACAGAUCAAAGAGCCACAUGAUGCACCAGUGACAUGAACAUGGGAAGUUUAGUUUUAAGUUGAUCCCAAAGACACCAUUCAGCUUCCAUACAUAUUCACUCGCUCACAAAAUGACUGUUAAUCCCAAAAACUCCACUAUUUAUCCUACGGCUGUUUGUGUAGAAUUAGCUUAAACUACAGAAUGAAAAUAUUUAUCUUUGUAUUUAUCUUUUUGUAAUGUUGAUUCUAUAUAUAUUUCUUUAUGCCCUAUUUCUAGAGAUGUGUCUCAGCUAGUCUCACUUCCUUCACCAGACUAUAGACUGAAACAUGGACGACAUGAGAGCUCCCCAAAAGUGAAGCCAAAGUUUCUUGAUCGCCACCUGGUGGCUAUCUGCAGUGUUGGUCAUUAGUCCCACCUCCCCCAUGUUAGUGGAUUAGACAUGGGCCAAACAAAAACAUCAAAGUACACAUCAAAUACAAUUUUUUAAAAUAUGGUUUCUGUCGUUUCAGUUAGUCUGUAUCACACUGAUGUAUGUUCAACUGACUCGGUGUAUUGGUCAAGCGUGUGCAUCGCCGUGACCUUGCUACUGCGACUCAAUCCCCUGAUUGCUUCUGCGCAGACUCCGGCAGUGUUCGUGUCUUCAUUCAAAUUUUUGGCUUGAUUUCUGGAUAAUGGAAGUGGAAAUGUUAAUGUCGUCCAUCUUUACAGUCUCUAAAUCAGACCAGUAUUGAAGAGAUUGACUUGUGCUUUGAUAUGUUUGGGAUUUUCAUGGGAUUUUUGACAGUAGGAAAAAUAUUAAAUACAUAAAUGUAGAAUAACA